GGCGGAAGAACGACUAUGGUUCAUCUUUUUGAAUGGAAAUUUGAAGAUAUUGCCCAAGAAUGUGAACGCUUUUUGGGACCAGUUGGAUACGCAGCAGUGCAGGUGUCACCUAUCACUGAAAAUCUGGUGAUAUCAGGAAGGCCAUGGUUUGAACGCUACCAAACAAUGUCGUAUAAAAUCCAGACCAGAUCAGGCAAUGAGGAAUCUUUUCGAGAGAUGGUAGGCAGAUGCAAUGCUGUUGGAGUUCGAAUCCUUGUGGACGUAGUCCUCAAUCACAUGACGGGUGAACAGAUACCUGCAGUUGGCACAGCUGGUUCCACAGCUUCUACCAGUGACCUUAUAUAUCCUGCAGUGCCAUAUGGACCAGAAGACUUUCACAAACCUUGUACUAUUGCCAACUAUAAAAACGCAACUGAAGUGAGAGUUUGUGAAUUAAGUGGACUACAUGAUCUGGAUCAAAGCAGAGAGAAUGUCAGAAGUGCUAUUGUGGAGUUUAUGAACUUGUGCAUCGAUGCUGGAGUAGCUGGUUUCCGAAUAGAUGCUGCUAAACACAUUUACCCAGAAGAUUUGAAAGUUAUCUACGCUCGACUCAAUGAUUUAAACACUGAGCAUGGUUACUCCCCAAACAGUCGAGCUUUUAUUUUUCACGAAAUUAUUGAUCCGAGUGGAGAAGGUGUCUCGAAAUUCGACUACACCGAGCUUGGAACAGUAACUGAUUCUACUUUUGGUAAUAUAUUGGGCAUGAUGUUCCGAAAUCAAAGGGAAUUGAAGGAUUUGAGUGAUUGGGGUCGUAACAAGUCUUGGGGAUUGUUGCCAUCUCCUGAUGCAGUAGUAAUGAUUGAUAACCAUAAUAAUCAAAGAGAAGAAGGACAAACUGUUUUGAGUCACAAGCUCUCCAAACAAUACGCGAUGGCAGUGGCUUUUAUGCUCGCCCAUCCCUACGGACAUCCUCGUGUAAUGAGUUCGUUCACCUUCAAAGAUUUUGCUCAAGGUCCACCAGCUGAUCAAGAUGGAAACAUCAUCUCGCCAGCAAUUAAUUCCGAGGGCACAUGCGACAACGGUUGGGUAUGCGAACACCGUUGGCGUGUGAUUAAACACAUGGUAGGUUUUCGCAACAUCGUCAAGGACAUAGGUCUCACAAAAUGGUGGACGAAUGGCAAGGAUCAGAUUGCAUUUUCCCGGUGGAAUAUUGGCUUUAUUGCAUUUAAUAAUUCGAAUCGGGAUAUGAGACAAAACUUGGACACUGAUCUGCCUCCUGGUCAGUACUGCGACAUAAUUUCUGGAUAUCUUGAAGCCGGACAAUGUACAGGAAAGACUAUCGCGGUUGAUAAAAAUGGUUUUAUCAACAUUGAGAUUCUCAAGGAUGCGGCAAUUGGUGCAAUCGCUGUUCAUGUUGGGGAGAAUGCAUACGCUCAGGAGCAGAACAAACAAAAAGGAAGCCAAGGUGAAAAGAGCAGGAAAGAAGGGUUGCUCAAUGGAAGGAAAAGAACAGUUUAG